GUGACACAGAUGUGAAGAUGACUAUAAUCAUCAAAUAAUUAUUAUAAUGAAAAUCCUAAAUGAAUAUUAAAAUAAUGAAAUUAUUUUACCGUAAAAUAAUAACAAACAACUAACAUGUAAUUACAAACAUUAUUAAUCUUACAAUAGAAUGGAUAGUUUCAUAGAUACGACUAUAACUUUUUUCCAAGUACAAAAUUAAUAAUGAAAAGUCUACGGCUAUUAUUAGUAAUUUCUAUAGGCGUGACAGCAUAUCUGGGGGAUUAUAUAGUUUUUAAAUCGAAAUAUUCUGGCUCUCUAUUGUUCCGAGCGUUAGCAGAUAGUUCAGUGCAUGGAGCUAUCGGUUUCUUGUCGGCGCUUUCAUUUUUCAGUAAUAUUAAAAUAACAAGUCAAGCAUGUAUCUAUAAUACUAUUUUCUGUACGUUCAUGUCAUCAGUUAUCGACGUAGAUCAUUUUUUUGUGGCAAGAUCAAUCUAUCUUAAGGAUUUAACCAACAUAAGCCAAAGAGGUAUUCUUCAUUGUACAACAUUCUGGAUGAUGGUUACGUCGAUACUCGCUUUAUACAGCCACCUUACUCACAAAAUCAAUGUAUACAUAGUGACAUAUAUGUUAGUCUUAGCGUUCACCAGCCAUCACUUACGAGAUGGGAACAGGCGCGGCAUAUGGUUGUGUCCCUUAGGUCACACAAUGCCAGUAAAUAAAUUUCUAUAUGUGAUAUUGAUUUGUAUCCUACCAACCCUGUUUGCAUAUUUAUUUAAUUAUACCAAACCAAUGUUUAAACAUACUGUCUUCAAUUAUAUUGAACUUUAAUAUUGUUAUUUCAUUAUUUAUGAUGGUGUGCCAUUUUUUUUAUAUAAUAUUAAUGUUAUAAGAGAUAUUUGUUAUUAAGUUUGUUCAUCUGUAGAGAUUUAAUGAUAAUAAAUAAAUAAGAGAGAUAUA